UGAUAAUUUCUUUUCCUUACCUACACGCUUGUAGCGUUGCACGUGUAAAUUUAUAAAAUUUGCUCGAUAUCUGUAAAACAUGGAUAAACCUAAUGUCCUCGCCCGCGUUGUUAAAGUUCUUGGUCGUACUGGAUCUCAAGGACAAUGUACCCAGGUGAAAGUGGAGUUCCUCGGAGAAACCAGCCGUCAAAUUAUAAGGAACGUGAAGGGUCCGGUUAGAGAUGGCGAUAUCCUAACCCUCUUAGAAUCAGAACGCGAAGCUAGGAGAUUAAGAUAAGCAGAUUAUCCUGACUUUAAUUAGGUUAAGACUUCAAUUCAAAUUCUUAUUGAACAGCAUACUGUCAAAGAUCAUCCAUCCCUAUGCUUGUGUAAUAAAUAAUUUAAAACUCA